GUACGAAAGCACAGCCAAUCGCGUUUCGGCAAGGAGGGGCGGUAGAGAUGGAGCAAACGAACGCUCCAGGCGGGAGGAGGAGCUACCUGGCUGUCGGCGGGCGUUAAAACGGGAGGGGCGCCGAUGGGGGCGUGGUCGCGUGUUGAUCCCUCCCCCGUCCGAGGAGGAGCUGGUGCCGGAGCCGUUGAGGGGUUGCGAGUAAUUAAUAGCCUCUCCUGAGGGGGUCGCUCUGCUGUUUCCGUUGCCAUUAUCAAGUGUAAACUCUGCGGAUAGGCGCCUCCUCCUCCUGGGGUCACGUGUGAGAGAAAGGUGGGGUGAGGCGAGCGCCCUGCAGGGUAUGGGGAGGGCGGCGAGGGACGGGCGUCAGCGCGGCUGUGAUUUGAGCCUGCCGCCGGCGCCGCCGAGGGCGUCUUAAGGCGGUGGCGAUGCCAGCAGUACCGCCGUCGCGGAGGAGCGAAAGGAGGCUUUGGUGCUGCUGCUGCUGCUGAGCACUAGAGGCGGGAGACGGAGACGGUGUCCGGCUCCGAUGGCUGCCUCGGUGGAGCUGGACCAGGACGCCGUGCUGCGCUUCCUGGCGGAGCGUGGCGGCCGAGCGCGCAACGCGGACCUGUUGGAGCAUUUCCGCGGCUUCCUCAACUCCCCGGAGCCCCAGCGCCGCGCCCGGGCCCGCGAGUGCUUUAAGGAGCUGGUCAACGCCGUGGCCGUAGUGCGGCAGGAGCCCGGCUCGGGGGCCAAGUACGUGCAGCUGCGCAAGAAAUACCGGAGCGCGGCGGCCAGCAGCAGCAGCAGCAGCAAUGCUGAGUCCAGCGCGGCCUCCGCUGCCGGCGUCGCUCCCGUCGUGGCAGCCGCGACCACCGAGCUAACGACGGUGGAGGCUCCGCAUCUCCCGCCUGAGCCACAAGACGGCAGCGGCAACCGCAACAGGACGCACCGGAGUGGGGAUGCUGCUCUCCCCGUGGCUGAGGCGCUCAAGGGGGAAGAGGGCAAGAGGGGGGCGGCGGCGGCGCAAGGGAGCGUCUCCGAUGCUUCGGCCCCCUCGGGCGAGUCUGUGCCCGGGGGUAGCAGCCCCCCGGCCCCCACGCAGCGGCUCCCUGAGGAGCCACCCUCGCCCAGUGGCACGAAGGGACCCCAGCCGAGCCUGGACCUCCCUGAAGGCGAAGGAGGAGGCCGAAAGAGCGGUAUGGGUGGCCCCUCUUCUGACACAGCGGGGCUGCCGGGCGGCGAGGGAGAAGUGGCCGAGGCUGAAGAGGAGCCCUGCGCGGGCAGCGGCGGGGCCCAGCCCGAGGAUUCGUCGCCUUGCUCGCCACUGGUUGGGAGCCUUGCUGCUGCUGCUGCUGCUGCAGGCAGCGGUAUCCCCGCAACCCCCAAUGUCUCGAGGUGCGGGAGCAAAAACUUCCGGGAGCGGAUGCUGGGGAGCUCCCCUCAGCUGAAGCGCAGCGGUUUGCUCCCGCGGGGUAGUAGCAGCGGCGGCGGCGGCAGCAGCCGAGGCGGAGGGGACUCGGACAGCGCCUCGCUGGCUUCCUCUUCUGCCGAGGACGAGAGCGGUAGCGGAGGCUCGGUGGCGCUGGAUCCACUGGAGCACGCGUGGAUGCUGUGCGCCUCGGAGGGUCGCUGGGAAAACCUGGAGGGGCUGUUGAGCUGCGAGCCGGGGCUGUUCUCUAAGCGGGACUUCAUCACGGGCUUCACCUGCCUACACUGGGCCGCCAAGCACGGGCGCCACGAGCUGCUGGCCAUGCUGGUCAAUUUCGCUCACCGGCACCGCCUGCCUGUCAACAUCAACGCGCGUACCAGCGGGGGCUACACGGCCCUGCACCUGGCCGCCAUGCACGGCCACCUGGAGGUAGUCAAGUUGCUGGUGGGCGCCUACGACGCCGACGUGGACAUUCGCGACUACAGUGGCCGCAAGGCCUCGCACUACCUGAGCCGUGGCACCGCUGAGGAAGUGGGCAGCCUCGUUGGGGCCCUGCAGGACGAGACCGACUGCGGGGCGCCCAACGGUAGUGGCCGCUGGAGACUGUCAAAGGUGCUACCCUCCAACCUCAUCACUUACAAACUCUCGCAUCUCCACCACAGGGACGAAGGCGAGUCGGGAGAGGGGACAGGAGUACCUGGCAAGGGCAAAGAACUAAGCAGGAAAACCUCUGGCAGCGGCAGGAUAAAACCUCGGCUCAACAAAAUCCGGUUCCGCACUCAGAUUAUCCACACUACACCUUCUUUCCAGGGAGACACCGAAGAGGAAGGGCAAGAAAAAUCCCUAAAAGCCUCCUUCAAACUCAGACCUAAGUCCAAUGUGUUUGGGUAGAACCCAGUAACAUUUGGUAUACCAGAGUAGGGCAGCCUGGAUAUCUCUUCCUUUACCCAGAUUGUGGUGCUUGAGGAUAAUCUGAAAGGUAGUUGCCUUUAAAUGAUAGGAUGCAGGCUAAAUAGGAUAUAUUCAGAAUGUUGAGAUUAAACAUUUUCCAAGGCUGUAAGUACAGUCAGUGGUGGUUGAAGUGGUACUUCUAAUAGGUUAUCAAGCUGACCAGGCUACCUUGCUUUAAAAUAUAGGUUUCAGGGUCUUAGUAUCUUUUACUUGGACCAAAUUUUAUGUUUCAUCCCAUAUGUAUUGGUACUGUACUAGGAGCCGCUGCUUCUGGAGGUACAUAACAACCUCACUGAAUUGGUAAAUGAAUCUGAGUUGUACUACUGUAGACAGCAGGUGGUGGAGGCUUAUAGAUGAUUAAAUGGUAACCCAUGCAAGUAGAAUACUUGCCUGUUGGUGAUAAAACUAGACUAGAGUUCUUCUCUAGUGUCUUUUAAAUGAAAGUGUGGCAUGGAAGAGCUGUAAUCAUGGAGCCCACAUCAACAGCCUGAAGUGAUACAGUCUGGAAGCAAGUUUCUCACCCCAGUGAGAAAACCUCUAGGGCCAAACUAGGUUAUCUUUAAUAUGUGGUACAAUCCCAUGUUUACAGAUAAAAAGAAAUCGAGUGGUGAGUGCCAGUUAUAGAUAGCUAGGUGGGUUGAGGAUAGUAAAACAUACACACCCCAUGUGUAUCAUUUCUCCCUUGUCAUCUCCUUGAGGCUUGCUCCAACUAGAAGAGGGGGAAAAAUUGUGGCUGGGGUGCGAUUUGCAGAGAAGAAUUGGUGGAUAGGGAAAGGAUCUGUGUCAAAUGCAGAUAUGCACACUACAGUACAUAUGAAUAUUCCACAUAAGCAUUAAGGGAAAUGGGCACUGGGAAUAGCUUGUUUCCCUUGUGACAAAUAGUUUGACCCAAAGAUAGGCAUGCGUUCUUUAAAGCAUGUGUUUUCUAAACAAUCACAUGACAGAUUACAAUAUAGACUGAGGCUGGCAUCCAGACUAAUGUUGCAGAAAAAUAUUCCACCUUUAACUCUCGAAAAUAUGUCCAGGGGGGAGAAAAUUUGCCUCUCUCCCCGAGAGGAGGUUGCAUAUACAGAAUAAUGAGGGAGCGCAUGCAACAUUAGUUUGUGCAGUGUUAAUCUGGAUUCCAACCUGAGUUGUGUAAUCAAGAGCUAUAAAAGUCCAACAGGAGUUGUGUCACUAACUCAAGUGCAGUACGGAUUGCAUCCUAAAGCUAAAUACAUCUUUAUUUUCUUUAAUGUAUAUGGAUUUUGAUUUACAUAUGUUUGAAUGUUGAGUACACUUCCAAGGCAGUGGAAGCACUAAUUGUGCUUUAUGUUCAGCAUGAAUAUAUUGCGAGAGCCAGGACUCUGGUCAGCUGUCCAGUGGAUGUGUGAACAUCAUUUAAGUUGUGACAAUAUCUUGAACAAACAGACUUCUUUCACUGAAUGGUUGCACUAGAGGAGCUGAGUUUUCCUUGCCUUGGUUCUGAGAAGGGAAAGGCUCUUCCUUUCUUAAUAAUGGGAGACCUCAACAAACUUUUGAAUCCCAGUUAAUAAUUAUUUUGAUGUAGAAUCUUAAGGAUCAAAAUGGAAUUUGCAAUUUUGUUUCAAGCUCAAUUUGAAUAGCAAAAUCUUCUAUUUGUCAAAACCAUGGCUAACAGCUGUUUUGACUAAUUGACCUCAAAAAACUUGAAUUGAUUUGAGUGUUUUGAGCACCAUCUCGAUGCCUGUUUUUCUGGGAAGAGCUGGUCUACCAAUUGAGUUGGCAGGUAGAUCAGUCCUCCGAGGCGGACCAGUGCACUAUGUCCGGGGAGGAGGGCUGGCAGAGACCACCUCUCCCUGGAAAAACAGGCCUCAAAAUGGUGCUUGAAAUACUCAAUCAAUUCAAUUUGAAAUGGAGAUAUUGCAUUUUGAGCUUGAAGCAGGUCCUUUAUUUUAAGGGUUUCAUUUUGAGCUCGCAAUGCUCAAUAGCCUAUUUUGAGCUUGAAUCAAUUUGCACAUCUCUAUUGAUCUUGGAUCUGUGCUAAUGAAUUUGUUCAGCAUUGGGUGCAUUUCAUUCAAUCGUAAAAUCUUUGGGGCCAGAAGGUAUGAACAGAAGAGAUUCAUAGAACUAUAAUAAGAUGUGAUAUUCUCAUUAAAUAAGCCUCGCAGCACUCUGAAACACUUGUUUUGAUCUAAAACUAUAGAAGUAGGAGAAGAAUAUAUGCUUGCUGCUGCACCUGUGGAUAUACUCUGUCUAGUAUACAAGUGCAUAUAGAACAAAAUAUGGUAGUUCUACCUGUAUUAGCGCAUUACUGGUUGCAAAAUGUCUUCUGUGCACAUCCAGUAGAACAGAUAACCCAUUAAAAUCCUAAAAGCACAUGGACAUUUGCCGAAGUCUUAUGGAAUCUCUUAUAAGCUUUCUUUACUUGCUUGGCAAGUAAGUUGCUUAAUAGAUUCCCCCUCUCUCUUUUCUUAAAAGAGCAAAUAAUUCUGUGUUAGAAAAGCAUCAGCAAAUCUUGUUCUUAGCUUGAAACUUUAAGAAUUUCCUGUUCUUAAAUGAAAUACUAAUGUCUUAAGUCAAAAUUGUACCUCUUUUGCAAAGUCAGACAUUUCUCAAAACAUGAAUGAUUAAAUUUAUUAGCAAUUUCCCUCAGAGAAUAAAGAUAUUGGGGCUGGUCCUCAGAUACUGCUGCUGCAAAUAUAAUGUCAAAUGUUGCCAAAUAAAAUGCAAGACUUGCUAAAGCAUACUUCUCAACUAGUUUGCCAGAUAUUUUGGAGUUUUGUGCUAAUCUAGUUAGAAAGCAGUUCCAUGGACAGAAAUAGUGGCUGACAGCCUAGCUAUUGAAGCAUGCAUGCUUUGGGACACUGUGGGGGCCCUUGUGUGACUCCCCCACCCUCUAAGAGCCCUUAGAGUCUGAAGCUCUCCCCAUGUUCGGAAGGGUUCUGCAAGAUCAGAAACAUGUUUCCAAACUUGCAGAGUCUUUCUGGAGCAUAGGGAGUGCUCCAGGCUCUAAGGGCUCUUGCACAGCAGCACUCAUAUAGGGGCUGGGGGAGUUGCACAAGGACUUCCAUCACACACCCCACAGUCCCCCAGAAUGCACAUUCUUUGUCAGUCAGUAUUUUUCUAAAAGUGGCUUUGGACAUUAUCGGGUGAGCCUCUGUAAAUUGCAGAAGAGGAGUAGCCAGCCCUCUUACCAUGCUUUUGCAACUUAUUUUCAGAUGUUAUGCUAAAGAGAGAACAUGUAAAGUAUUUCUGCCUGCCUCUUGCUUCACAAUUUGCUUUUUGGGAUUAUAACAGAGGUAUGGUAAGAAGCCUGAAGCUGCUCUAGUAAGCAAUUUAGUAACUGCAGCUUUAAUUGCUUGUUGGAUCUUCAUUAUAGACUGCAUACAUCCAAGUGAUGUAUAGGGUGCUAACUUUCUCUUUUAGUGUUGUAUGUUUAAGUGGGAAGAAGGAAAAUGUCUAUUAGCUUUUUUCACUUUGCCAAAAACUUUUGUGGGAGAAGCCUGGCAAAAGUUGUUAUAAAGCUUGUCAGCACUGAAGUCUUAACUGCUUGCAUAGGCCUACAACUGAUACUUCCUAAAAUCCUUGCUGGAAGAAAGUAAAUGGAUAGUAAAGGAACAUUAUACAAUCUACCACACUACUUUGGUGCUUCCUUAUGCACACAAGCUAGAACAAAUGCAAAGGCAUUUUCAAUUUUAAUUUAUAAGCUAUAAUUACAUGUGCCUUUUGUUAAACAUUGCAAACUACAAAGAAAGGAGUGUGUUAAGCACUUCUGCUCACAUUUCAAUAGGACAGAGGCUAGAACGGAGUCUCCGUCUUCUGCCAAUGUGUAACUUAUUGUAGCAAAGUAAUUAUCCCAAAGUGUCACUCUGCACUAUAGCACUAGAUGUUUAAUCUUGUAGCAAAGAAUAUAGGUUGACAAUUCUGCAGUGCAGAAUAGUCCAAAAUAGAAUACCUGUAUUAUGGAUUUCUUUAAAAAUAACCUGAAUAUUGUUAACCAACUUUCUUGUGUCAUCUCUAAAAGGACCAUGUUUUACACAUUUACAUUUUUAAAUGUUGACUUUACCUUAAAUUAUGGGUAUAGCUGAUACGAGGUUGUAUUUUUAUAGGUACUGUCUGUUUAAAUGUUGAUGUAGUAAGUCUCAACACUUGUUUAUGCUGUUAAUCUUGGUUUGGUAAUAGUCAUAGAAAAAUAUUUUGGGCUUUAGAUUCUUGGAACUGUUGAUGCCUUGGCACUUUUGACAAUUUUUGUGUACUAGCUAAGGGCUCUGUCAUAAACUAGUGACAAUAAUUGGUCAGUAUGAUGUGAUGGUGCAUCACAAUGUUUCAGUUUCAAAAACUUACAAGUAUAAAAGUCUGAUUCUAAACACUAAUGGUGGGUUUGCACAUUUGGAUAUACACCUCUUCCCACAGCUACAAUUGUGUGUGAUAGUCACUUUUGAUGGGCAGCUGAUUUUUGGCAUGAUGGUAUCUGUACUUGUUACCAGAAAUGUAUGCCUGUAGGUAUGAGAAGAAGCUUACCCAGCCUAUGGCAGAUGAGGAGAUAAGGGUAGUAGAUGCAUCUGAAUAUCCAUCCUUGAUGUCUCUUCCACUGAAGUAUUUUAAGAUUGAUAUAGAAGUAAAUGUCAGUUAUGUAGGUGAAAAAAGCUGACAAUGUUCUGCUUUAGCUACAUUCUAGACACUUCCAGAUGGCUGUAGUAUAAUUUACAAUACCCUAUUACGAAACCUUUGUUUUUACUGCUGACUCUACAUUCGCUGUAGUUACUGCACUUUGUUUCUUAAGGGUUGUAUUAAAAUUAGUGAAGAUGAACUUGUCUCAAUUUCAGUGGAACGUUGAUCCUACUUUAUAUACAACCCAAAGUGUGACUCUUGCAUCAAAAGCUUCUCCUGAGGAAAGCAGUACUUCGUAAUGGUACUUCUGACUUAAGUUACAGCAACAUUUAAUGUGGGUAAUGUUGUACAGAAUGCUUGGUGUGGUACAAAACCAGAAUACUUGUAUCUAUCUGCAGAAGUGUGAAAUGAGAUUAAAGCUGUAAUCCUGUGCACACUUACCUGGGAGUAAGCCCCACUGAAUAUGGUGAGAAUUACUUCUGAAUAAAUAUAUCCAGGAUUGUGCUGCAGAGCUACAAUCCUAUACCUAUUAACUUGGGAGUAAGUCCCAUUGAAAUCAGUUGGAGCUACUUCCCACAUAAAUCUUUAUGAGAGCAGGCUCUAAUUUUGUUAACUUUACCUAAUUCUUUGGAGAUCAUGUUCCCUAAAACUGCAUUGAUAAACACAAAUCUUAAUAUGUGCCUGAAUGAGUGGUUAGGUGAAGAAUAUCAAUGUAAAACCUUUUAUGGAAAUAAAGUGUCAAUAGUU